UCCUACUUUCCUUUUCGUCCAUCACAAAAAAACUUCACUUUCCCUUUUUGAUAAAGAAUUUGUGGUUCACAACAUUUCUCUCUCUUCUGCACAACUCUCCACCACACAAUUCUCACUUUCUUAAUUUGGAAGGAUCAAGGAGAUAGUAAGUACCAAGUAGAUACUUAUUACUAGUGAUUUUUUCCCAAGGGGAUAGUGGCAUGACUCCAGUGGAUAGUCGCAGUAGUGCAGUACUAAAAAUGCUUUUCUUUUCGCAAACUUUUUGCUCGCUGGAACAAAGUUACCGGCUCAAACUUGUAGAUGCUUGACCCUACUUGCCUGCAGAUAGCCAGACACUAGAAAAGCUACUACCCUGGAACUGUGUCUAUAUGGAGUAAUGACUAUGAAGGUAUCGAUUCUCUGACGAAUACUCCCUUUUCUAUUGUUCCUUUUUUCAGAAUCAUAGCCCAAUUACAAUUCUUAACCCGGGAGUUUGAUUCAAAACAGAAGUCUUAUGUCAUUAUUCAAUACGAGUAGUUAUUAAGGUGUUUGUUUAGUGUCAAUUGAAAUUGUUAAUGAGAACCUGGAAGUUUAUGGUUUUAUUGACUAAAUUGAACAAGCUAUUACGGAUAUUUGUCUAGCUACACUCAUGAACUUACCUAAUCAUCAAUGCCAGGAGAGUUUACUCCAUUUCCGAAAUACAAAACCAAAUUUUCAAAUGCUGGGUCAAGUGGAGGUACUAUACUUGUGAUAAGUCUGAAAGCAUUGAUCACCCUCGUGGUAUUCAUGGCGUGUUUCCCUGUCGCACUGUUGAACUCUUUUUCAUGGACUGCCAGACUAUAUUACCCACACAGCUUAUACCCAAACCAGCCCAAUAACACUCAUGUUAUCUGUACUAAUAAGAUGGUUCACUCCACGUGUCAGCCCACACUGCUCAGAGCUUCACUGAGCUCUUCCAAUAUUGAGAUUGAAACUGCAAAAAAGAGAACUGUUUCCACGCUCCAAGAACUCUGCGAAGGCCAUGUGCCUGAACACAUCAUACACAGUGAUUAAGGGAGCAGAAAAUUGCAGAAUGGAAGAGGUUGGGUAUGUUGAGCCAACCGAAGUGCAGAAGGAAGCAUUGCCCAUUCUCUUUGCUGGCUGUGAUUGUGUGCUUCAAGCGCAGACAGGUUCUGGUAAAACGUUGGCUUACCUACUGAGAAUAUUCUCUGCCAUAAACACUCAAAGGUCUGCAAUACAGGCUCUGAUUGCGGUUCCCACUAGGGAGCUCGGUAUCCAGGUUACAAAAGUUGCCAGGCUGCUGGCAGCAAAGCCUAAAGAACUAAAUUGUGAUCAAAAGUGGUUUACUAUUAUGGCUCUUUUGGAUGGAGGAAGCUUGAAGCGACAUGAGAGUUGGUUAAAAGCGGAGCCUCCGACAAUUUUGAUUGCAACUUUGGGAAGUCUAACUCAAAUGCUUGAGAGGCACAUAUUAACGUUAAAUGCUAUGCAUGUUCUUGUAGUUGAUGAGGUUGACUUCAUGUUCAAUUCUUCAAAACAUGUGACUGCUCUCCGGAAGCUUUUGACAUCAUACUCUAGUAGCACAUACCGUCAAACAAUCUUUGCUAGUGCCACGAUUCCUCAACAUAGACGAUUUUUAUAUGAUGUUGUACAACAGAAAUGGACAAAGGCAGGCGUGGUUCAUGUAUAUCUGAAUCCAAUCAUGCCAAUGUCGUCCUAUCUGCAUCAUAGAUUUGUGGUAUGCAGUAAAGGUGAAAGGUAUGAGGCAUUGCUUUCUCUUUUAAAGUCAGAUGAACCUCAUUCAGCCAUCGUCUUUGUUGGUGUGCAAUCUGAGAAGUUGAAAAAAGCGGGAAAUGCCCCUCCAACUCAUUUGGUACAAUUUUUAGAAAGUUCUCUGAUGGGGUUUUCUAAGAUCAGUUUACUGGAGGAAGACAUGAAUUUCAAUCAACGAGCAGCAUCCUUGACUGAACUGCGACAAGGAGGUGGCUAUCUUUUAGUGGCAACAGAUAUAGCAGCUAGAGGUGUCGAUCUACCAGAGACAACUCAUAUAUACAAUUUUGAUCUGCCAAAGGAUGCAGCAAGUUACCUUCAUCGAGCUGGAAGGACUUGCAGGAAACCUUUUUCAGAUGAUAAGUACUAUGCUACCAGUAUUAUAACACCCAGGGAGCAGUUUGUUUUGCGAAGAUUUGAAAACGAGUUAAUGUUUACUUGUGAACAGCUAUUCUUACACUCAUAAAGUAGUUCAUGCUCAACUGAUAUUACUUUAGUAAGGCUUUUACGGGAUGCUGAUCAUGCAUAUCAUCAGUUAUAAAGUCAGUUUUUUUUGCCGUGUAAUCAACAACUCCAUAUGAAGAUGUCAUGAAAUUAUACUCUCAGUUUACCUGCACAUUCCCAG